CUUGACGACUUCAAGUGAAGAAAUAGCAAUGACCCACUCUUCAACAUGACUUCCGCAGGCAGCAGCUCUUGCAUGUGGUCGUGCACCUGUCAUAUCUUACUGAUAUACGACUACCCUUGACGUAACUUACACUCGUCGCGAGAGGAGACCCCAACAAGCUCAAAGAGAUUCAAACCCACCAAACUCGUGUUCCAAGCACACGCAGAUAGACAACAGCGCCUGAGUCACAGCCAUGGCCAUCCAACGCAACAAGCAGAAGCGCGAGGCAAUCCUCAAGGCCGGCCGCCCACCCCUCGCCAAGAAAACCAACCAGAAGAAGAUGUCCUCCAAAGCCACCCAGAAGACCAUCGUUACUUUCCACCAACUUCAAAAAGACCUCGCAGCCGCCAAAGCCAAGAAGAACACCACAUUAGCAACCAUCAUUGAAUCUCAGCUCCAUGCUCUCGGCGGAAUUAAAGCCUACCAAGCCGCUUCAAUCCAAGGCCAGUCUGCCGACCGUGGCGGGGAUUCCUCUCUGGUCUUGAUGAAGUGGCUCGACUCCGUGAAGCGCGAUCUCAGUGAGCUGCGUCCAAAGUUCAAGAUGCUUGAGGUCGGAGCUCUGAGUACCAAGAACGCGUGUUCGAAGUCUGGAUGUUUCGAGAUCACUCGGAUCGAUCUCAAUUCUCAGGCACCGGGUAUCUUGCAGCAGGAUUUCAUGCAGAGACCGCUGCCUUCUAGCACCUCAUUGGAAGCUGACGAGGAGAAAUUCGAUGUGAUCUCGCUGAGUCUGGUGUUGAACUUCGUACCUUCGGCUGCAGAGAGAGGAGAAAUGUUGCGGCGGACGACCGAAUUCCUGCGGCAGCGGCAGGUAGAGGACGACUCCGAUGGAAUGUCCUCAGAGGCAUCGUCAGAGACUUUCUCCUCAUCACCCAUUCGAACGAUAACUGCAACAGACGAGAGCGCCCUCCCUACUUCUCUGACGAACUACCGCUCGACCCUCUUCCUCGUCCUGCCGGCUUCAUGUGUGCUCAACAGCAGGUACUUCAACGACGAACGUCUCACUCUCAUCAUGGCUUCUCUGGGCUAUGCCCUGCUCGAGCGCAAGACAAGCUCCAAGCUAGUCUACUACCUCUGGCAGCUACGCGACAAGCCAGCUCCUCCGCGUGAGCAGAACUUCAAGAAGCUCAAAGUCCGAGAUGGACCGGGCAUGAACAACUUUCACGUCGAGUUGAAGCCAGAGACUUGAGCAAUUCUGACCCCCAUCUCGAAGGUGGAAAAUUUCAUUCAACAGCACCGCUGGAGCAUCACUGCGAUCUUCUUCGAAGAGGAGUAAUGGCAUGCAUUCGACUUGCCCGAUUUCAGCCUUCCUCUUGGAAACAUUAGUCACGGCCAAAGUGCUUCUCCGAGGGAAGACUCAUCAGGAUGUGUUCUCUUGCAGCACACGUGAGCAUUAGCAUUGAUUUACAACUGGCACAAACGCAAGAUUCUUGUAUCAAAUGCAUUCACGAUCAUACAUACCCAUCAAGGCGAUAGCGGGCGGGACAAAUGGCGCAAAUGACUAGGAAGUACAUCGCGAGACGCAUAUUUCACACAUGAUUGCGUAAAUCACAAUAGAUACGCAAGAAACUUUUGAGCAGAGUAUGAAAACAUGCAAAUUUCAGAAACCCGAGCC